AUGCAUUCAUAUCAUAUCAUUCCACUAUUUGCGUUCACAGGCCUCGCUCACUCUUGGGGAGGUCUCUCCGCUUCCAGUUUGGAUGUAUAUUGUUUUUAUUCCAUUUAUGAAUCACUAUCAACCCUGACAUGGUCUGGCUCCUACUCACAAAAUGCUGCAUGCAACAACCCUGCACAAGUCAAGUCCAUCUAUACAUCCGCAAAGCUAUACUGUUCGGAAGAGGAGCUGUCUGCUGGGGUAAAUUUGUGGGAAGAUUACUGUCAGGGACUCAGCAGUCCAUUGAAUCUUGAUGCGAUAUCGAACAAUACAACGAGUUCAUACUUAGCAGAACUUCCGCAUGUUGAUCCCAGUCAAUAUAAUAGAACGAUACUGACAUCGACUGUAUUACUGUCACACUCAUACUAUCUCGUUGCCUUCCACAGUUAUCUAGCGAAAGACCAAGCAUUACCGAAAUCAACGCGGUUGAGCUGGAGUGUAAUGGGCUACUGGGGUGUAAUCUUGCUCAUGGGUACACUACAUCUGGAGACGUGGAGCGCAAGCGAGAACAACAGUUACCAGACAAAGCUGGAAUAUGCUUACAUCGCCGUCCCAGCAGCCCUCGGAUCGUACCAUCGACGCCGAUUCCUGGGAUGUAGCAUCCCGAAUCGUCCGGAGAUUCUCGUGGUCGUGGGAUUUUGGAUCAUGUGUAUUAUCCUCAACUUUGGGUUUCACGACAUCUUCAUUCCAAAUGCCACGAUGCCAACCAUUUCGCAGCAGGCAUGGAAGUACGUUGCUCAACGGACUAGCACGUUCGCAUAUGCCUGUUUGCCAUGGGUGUGGUUAUUCGCUGGACGGAACAAUAUCUUCAUUUGGGCCACUGGUUGGAGUUUCAACACUUUUAAUGCCUUCCACCGACACUUAAGCCGUCUCACAGCCAUAUUUGCUUUUGUACAUGCGAUAUCAUAUACCGUCUUGGACACGAUCUACGGUAGGGACUUUGAAAUAUGUCUGAAACAUACUUCGGUUUUCGGAACUAAGUAUAACGCCUAUCUCUGGCCAGUGGUUGCCAUAUGGUGCUUUGAUCGGUUCUUGCGCAUCGUACGCCUCGCAUAUUGCAACAUCCGCGUCUCUACCAAAGGGCAUGUGCAAACAACCACAGCAAUGGCAACGUACUGUAAAGACGCUGAUGUCAUCCGACUAGAUAUCCAAGCAGGUGGAUCAAUCCGGCCUUUACCAGGACAUUACUUCCACCUAUAUCAAUUGUUCAGCUGGCGUGGCUGGGAAAACCAUCCUUUUACAGUCGGCGCCUGCACAGCACCAAACACAACCUCGCCAUUAACGUCUUCAUCUGAAGCACCAGAAAGAUGUUUACACAGGAGACCCCCGGAUGUUACCACUGACCCCACCCUUGGAAACCUUGUUUUCUGGAUUCGUCCUUAUAACGGUUGGACAAAGCGACUGAAAAACCAGUGUUUAGGCUCAUCGUCCUCUGACGAUAGUGCUGAUAACGGAUAUUAUCAAACCUCUAUUCCCAUAGCUUUGGAAGGCCCUUACGGUCAUACAAUUCCGUUGUAUCACUACGGCUCUGUGCUCAUGGUUGUUGGGGGUACCGGCAUCGCAACAGCAGUACCUUACAUUCAAGAUCACGUUUCUAGAUCGCCGAAGACAGGCUACAGGAGGUCUGACGAUAACAAAACCCAGACUUCGAACCUUACUCUGGUCUGGGCAUGUCGUGGCCAUGAAUUUAUGGAGCAGCUGCGUGGUAGGGAACUUGCCGGUGCACUAAAACUUGAAGGAUUUACUGGGCGUUUCUAUUGCACAAAAGGCUGUGAUAGCCACUGCGCUGCUGCUGACAAUGAUGGGGGAUUGCGUAUUGAGCGUGGGCGCCCGAAUAUUGAGAACAUUAUUCAUGGUGCCGCUACAGAAGCGCAGAUUGUGAAGCACAGAAUGGCAGUGCUCACAUGCGGAUCUCCCAUUAUGUCGGAUGAGGUUAGACGCAGUGUGCAUAGUAUACUGAAAAAAGGGUAUGAAGGGAUUGAGUAUUUUGAGGAAGCAUACUCAUGGUGA